UCUGAACAGGUAUGUUUCAGCAAUGUAUUUAAUUUAAAAUGUUUUACUCAUAAUGUAAAUUGUUAACCAGAUGUUUUUUUUCUCUUUAUUUUUCCUAUCAGAUUAAAUAAUUGGAAUAACUUUAGGGAAAAGAAGAGCCUACUAUACUUUAAACAGCCAUCAAAGUCUUUUAACAGGAAGAGCGAUAACAAUAACACCAACAGCAAAACGUAUAAAAGAAUUGUCACUUAUAGGAACCACUGAAAUUUCCAGCAGCACACUAACACAAUGAACUCCACAGUGCUUUUAUAUAGUCAACAAGAAAGAUAUGCAGAUGCGUUUGCUAAAAAUUUUUCCAUUGUUUUGCUUGCUGUUAUAAUCAUCUCCAUUAACGGAAUGUUUGUAUUCAUAUUCUUUAGGAGAUCAAUUUUCCACAGUGAUCCACGAUAUAUACUGUAUAUUCACUUGGUUAUGAAUGAUAUGCUCAUGGUUUUUAUUUCUGUAGUUCUUUUUGUGAUGACUUUUGCAUGGCACAAUGUGCCUGUCCCGUUCUGCGUGUUGCUCCUGUUAAUAACCUCGGUAACUCAUAGGAACACUCCUCUGACUUUGGCUGGUAUGGCUAUUGAGCGUUACAUUGCCGUCUGCAAACCACUGCAUCACCAUCAGAUUUGCACAGUGCGCUGGACGUACAUGCUCAUCUCUCUCAUAUGGAGUGUUGGAAUUUUACCUGGAUUGACCGACAUUUUUCUCCUUUUAAUUAAUGGACCUUUGGCUCUUUUUACAACUAUCUGUACUUCAGUAAUUCUUUAUAACACACCAAGCCAUGCUGAACUAAGCAAAAUUUCGAAUGGAAUUUACUCAUCUAUUGUGUGGCUAAUACUCGUAUAUACAUAUUGCCAAGUGAUGGUUAAAGCCAAAAGGUCUUCCACUAAUAAAUCCUCAGCAAAAAAGGCCCAAAGCACCAUCCUGCUACACGGAGCACAGCUUCUGCUCUGUAUGCUGUCCUACAUUACUCCUGUGUUAGACAAAAUUUAUGCACCACUCCAAACUGAACAGCAGAAGAAAAUAAACUUUUUCAACUACCUACUAACUAGUAUUUUACCAAGACUUCUUACCCCCCUGAUUUAUGGUGUUCGGGAUAAACAGUUUUUUAAUCACAUCAAGGCACUCCUUACAUGUAAAUUAUCUGCUGUAAAUGUUGAUCCAAUCAAACAAUAAGCAGAAUAUUUUAUAUAAUAAAAUGUAAUAUAGUAUAUUAUUAGUAUAGUAUAAUAUAUUAUAUUGUACUUUUUAUAUUAUUCUAGUUUAUAUUCUUCUUUUUUCUCUGCAGAAAAUAAAAAUGAGAAAUGGGUUCUGAUUGAUGAAUGAACAAAAUAGUAGCAGUUUGAAGAUGGCAUGGCUGCUAAUGGCAGUAACACAGGAGCAUUUCACAUAAUUAUGAAGAUUACUGAAUAACAAAUAUUUAAAAGAUUUUUAUUUUCUUUCCAUCACAUUACUAGCAACUUGUGUAAUUUUUCUGAUAUAGUUACAUAGCAUUUAAAUUAUUUGCCUUUGAUGCAAGGCCUCUUUUCAUAGCAUGUGUUCAAAUAUGUCUUUUAUGAUAUUUAUUAUGUAUCUAUUAAAGGAGCAGUAAAGCAAGACAAUGAAAAGAAUGUGUAUGGUAACUGUGAUUUUGAUCAUUAACUGUGUUUUCUGCACUAGUUAUCAAUAUUAGUCAAAUGUGAAUUCCUAUUUUUGCCCUUUCUAGUAUCACUUUGAAUUAAAAGCAUUAUACAAAGUCUUUUGUACACCAGCAAAGGUGCAUUUCACAUAAUUACAUAUGAAGAUUACUAAAUAGUAAAGACUUAAAACAUUUUUUUGUAUCUUUCCAUCACAUAACUAGUAUCAUAUGUAUGUUUUUGUCUAAUAUAGUUACAUUGCAUUUCAAUGUAUUGCUUUCGAUGCAAGGCCUUUGACCAUUAGAUUUGCAUUUGUUUAAACGUAUCUGUACUGGGAUUUAUCAUGUAUGUAUUAAAGGAGCAGUAAAGCAAGACAAUGAAAAGAAUGUCUAUGGCAACUGAUUUUGAUCAUUAACUGUGUUUUCUGUACUAAUUGUCAAUAUUAGUCAAAUGUGAAUUCCUAUUUUUGCCCUUUCCAUAACUUAUACAAACUCUUUUGUACACCCACAAAGGUGCAUUUCACAUAAUUACAUAUAAAGAUUACUAAAUAUCAAAGAUUUAAAAGAUUUUUUAUAUCUCACAAUCACUUAACUAGCACCAUAUGUAUGUUUUUGUCUGAUAUAGUUGCAUUGCAUUUCAAUUAAUUGGUUUCAAUACAAGGGCUCUUAACAAUAGAUUCACGUUAGUUCGAAUGUAUCUGUAAUGGGAUUUAUUAUAUAUGUAUUAAAGGAGCAGUAAAGCAAGGCAAUGAAAAAAAUGUGGAUGGCAACUGUAAUUGUGAUCAUUAUUAACUGUGUUUUUAGUAUAAAUUAGUGUAAUGUAAA